AAAAUUUAUUUAUGCGAUGAAAUAUGGCCAAGUCUCCACCUUAUAGACUAGUUUGGUAGGAAAAUAUAAUGAUACAAAAAUGCUACAUGGCGACUGAAAAUGGGCUCCACAUUUUUUCAUGCUGUGUAUAUAAAUACACAUAUAUUUACCAAAAUGCCUAGAGCCAAUUUUCUACAGGCCCUCUAUGAUACGGCCGAUGACUGCUUUGUAAACAUAAAUGCGUGUAAUUUUGUCACCACGCAUGUUGACGAUAUCCGAAAAUCACUCGAGGACAAUUUGGACAGGGUGUUAGAAAAUCGUGGCAUUGACAUGAUGCAAUUUAGCGAGCUAAACGACGCUUUUCAACAGGCACAAAAAAAAUGGCGCACCAAGGCCAAGAAUACAGUCGCCGCUGCCACUCAGGAAUUAUUUGACGUGUUCGUAAUGGACGGUACAAUCAAGCCAAGCAUCCCCAACCUCGAAAGUGCAAUCAAGACCUUGGCAACUCUGAUCAGUCCUGAUAAUCCGAAACUCAAGAUUACGUACCGUGACCAGAUGAAAAACGACCGCAGGGGUCCAAAGGCCUGUCGUGAUAACUUGAGUGUUGCCCUUAUGACUCUCCGAGAAUCUUUGCUGAGACUUUGGUCAUUGGUUAAAAGGUACAAUUUUGCAGGCAAACUAAUCGGACCCAAACUCGAGCGACUGGUCGAUUUGCGCGACAUUCCACGUACACAAGAGACCACCUGGUUGAUUAGGGGUAUCAGGGAAAUACGAUUGGAUGGCGAACGUGAGGCGCUAGACCAUGCCGAAUGUAUGGAGAGAAUGCGAGAAGUUGAGCGUGCAUACGAAGAGAGACUUCGGAAGGUGAUUGGUGUUGACGCUACGGAUGAAAAUGGAAACUAUUUUGUGGACCUUACAGGCAUGAAAGACACCGUGCCACUGCUGGUGGGACGCGAUGUAUCCGAACCCGCCAACCCGCUUUACCAGGAGUGACAGCGUGUUAACCGGAAGCAGGGCAAGCGAAACCAAGACUCGCUCAGGUGGUCCGACUUUAAGCGACAGAAGAAGGAUCGGGCUAGCAUUCAAGCGAUAGAGUUGAGUGACUAGUCAAAGUCGUGAUAUGUCCGCUAUUUUUUGCCACAGCGCAUGCUUCGACAAAUACUACACAGCGGCACCGCAACAUCAACGAUGCUGAGAGCGACGCACUUUGAACUGGAACAACGAAAAAGUUGCACAAUGUCAUUUAAACGCCUGGGUGACGCUAAGCACAAGUGUACAAUACUAGCGCUCGAGCUGCAGCGUGAUAUGAUUCGAGCAUGGGUGAACCGAGUUCGUGUGCGACACGGUGUCGAAAUUGUAUAAAGAA